AUGGCAUGGGACCAUCUGGACAUCGAUAAGCCGCAUUUGGCUUACAUGAUCCUAGGAGGUUUCACAGGCCUGUUCAUGCUGUGCUCCUUGUUCGUCAAGGAGAAGCUGUACAUCGGUGAAGCCACCGUAGCCACGAUCUGUGGUAUAAUCUUCGGCCCCCAUGCGGCCAAUUUGUUCAAUCCGCACGAAUGGGGAAAUAUCGACAAGAUCACCCUCGAGUGCUCACGAAUUGUCCUGGUCGUGCAAUGUUUCGCCGUCGGUGUUGAGUUGCCUAAGUCCUACAUAAAACGGCAUUGGAAGUCUGUUACCUUGCUGCUGCUCCCCGUCAUGACCUGGGGUUGGCUGAUCACCAGUUUGUUUAUCUGGUGGCUAGUGCCUCCCCUGAACUGGCUGGAGGCUUUAGUGUGUGCUGCAUGUGUCACGGCUACCGAUCCUGUCUUGGCGUCAUCUGUCGUUGGUAAGGGAAAGUUCGCCAAGCGUGUCCCCAAGCAUUUGCGUGACUUGUUGUCUGCGGAGUCCGGGUGUAACGACGGCAUGGCUUUCCCAUUCAUUUAUCUGUCCUUCUACAUCUAUCACUAUCGUCCUCAAGUCGGCGAGGUAUGGCUGCACUGGUUCUGUGUCACAGUUCUGUACGAAUGUGUUUUGGGUGCUAUUUUCGGCUUCACCAUCGGCUACGUUGCUCGGCAUGCGAUCAAGUUGGCUGAGCGCAAGGGAUUGAUCGAUCGUGAGAGUUUCUUGGUGUUUUACUUCGUGUUGGCUGUCUUCUGUGCUGGCUCGGGUGCUUUACUGGGCAUGGACGACUUGCUGAUUGGAUUCGCUUGUGGUGUUGGGUUCAGUAACGAUGGUUGGUUCACGGAGAAGACAGAGGAAUCUCAUGUCUCCAACGUUAUUGAUCUUCUGCUCAACUUGGCAUACUUUGUCUAUUUCGGAUCCAUCAUUCCCUGGGAGGACUACAACUCCCCCGAGCUCGGUCUUACUCCUUGGCGGCUGGUGGUGAUUGCGUUAUUGGUCCUAUUAUUCAGACGUAUUCCUAUCAUGCUAAUGCUCAAGCCGAUAAUACCGGACGUCAAAACCUGGCGAGAAGCUUUAUUUGCAGGGCAUUUCGGUCCUAUCGGUGUCGGUGCUAUUUUCGCUGCUAUUCUCGCUCGAGCGGAGCUGGAGCACCACGACACACAACCAUCACCUGAAAACGAGCUUCCGAUGCCAGGAGCCAGCAAUUACUAUGUUGUCAGGCUCAUUUGGCCUAUCACUACCUUCAUGGUCAUUACAUCCAUUCUGGUGCAUGGCUCGUCUAUUGCAGUCUUCACUUUGGGUAAACGCAUCAACACCUUGACUAUCACACUAUCCUACACACAGGCCAACGAGGAGGGACCUUCAUGGAUGAACCGUCUUCCUCGUGUGCAGUCAAUCGCCAAGGGCUCCAUCUUCCUGCGUAUCCCCCCCGGUACCUUACCGCCUAUCGGCAUGCCUGGCAACUUCCUCCGCCGGCAACGCGACGAGGAGGGAGACAGUGAGACACAAAGUCUCGAGUCUUCUCGUCGUAAGCCCUUGCGGAGACGUCGCCGUAAGCGUGCUGCUGCUGGCGGCGGAGGCCCAAUUAGCCAGUCCGCUAUUAUGCCCGCUCCUCGCCGCACUGAGGAUGAGGAUGAGGCCGACGUAGAAAAGAAAGAACUAGAAGAGCGCGAUCAAGUUGAGCGCGAAGCUUCUCCGCCUCAUGCCGAGCGUGAUCGCUUCGGCCGUGAGCCAGAGCUAGAGGUUUAUCAAGAGGGCUCCAACAUGAUCAUCGAGGAUGCAGAGGGCAAUGUUCUCGCGACCGAGGACACCUCCCAUAUGUCCCCGGAAGCCAAGAUUGCGCACAUUGAAGCUCAACGCAAGCGUCUGGAAAAUGAUAAAUCAGGGAAAUUCGCAGCCUCUGAGAGUCGACCCCACACAAAGACCGAGGGAGAGGAGCUCAAACACUCUGUUGAGGAGAAGGCUGGUACGUCAUACGGAAAGACACUCAAGAAGUGGACCGACUGGACUGGACUUGGAAAGGAUCGGGGCACAGAACAGCCAGAGAAGGGCGAGAAGAAAGAGAAGCCCCCGAAGGCCGAUUCAGCAAAGCCCAAACCUCGUUCAGCUCAUGCAUACCAAUUCGGCAAUACUAUUAUUGUUGAGGAUGAAGAUGGUGAGGUUAUCAAGAAAUAUACCCUUCCCGGCGGCAAGAAGGGCGAGAAGGCUCCGAAGGAGCCCACCGUCCCUGGUGAAGUACCUGUUCGCCGUGGUCUGACCCGCAUGGGAACGUGGUUCGGAAUGGAGGAAGAAGGCGAAUCCUCCCAAGCUGCCCAAGAAAAGAGGAAGGACGACGACUGGACCGCCGACGACGGCAUUCGAUUCACGUUGGCUCAGGACCCCCAAAUCGACUCCCAAGGCAUUGGCCACAAGGGUCGACGUAUGAACAAACAGGAAUUCUUCGAGCAGAUGAAGGGUCUUGACGCCAAAGCCCGUCGGGAUCUGGUGCAACAAACCGACGCACCAGCACCGGUUCAGGAAACGGCCCGAUACGAAGCCAAGGAAGAAAUAAAGGCCGAACAAAAGCAAGAGCGCCGCCUUUCUGCUGCCGCCGUCGCCGCUACCACCGGCGCCGACACCAUCCCCGAAGAAGACGCUGAAGCUCUGGAUUCCGAGUCCAUCACCGAUAGCGACGUUACUGACGAUGAGUCUGGCGACCAUCAUGGUGCCCCUAACGUGGCUGCCUCAUUGGCGAAGUUCUCACGUGGCGGUACUUCCGCCGCCCAAGAACGCCGCAACAACCUCAGCCCCGCACCACCCCGUAUACGGGACCGGCCGCGCCGCGAUUCCGACGACGAUGGUACAGAGCGUAUCCCACCUUCGCGUCUCCGUCAAGCCGCUGGUUUGACCGCGCCCCCACGCCAGGUUGAUGACGACACAGGCGAGACCCCAGCCGAGCGUCGCCGCCGUCUGGCUGCCCUGGGCGUUGAGGGUGACGACUCCGAGAACGAGGAUGGCUCGGAGUCGGAUGACAAUGCCAUUAUGGAGGAAGACUCGGACGUUGAGGAUAAUGAGAACGGUAACUCGAGCCAGACUACUAGCAAGAACCAGAACUCCGAAACACACAAGCCGUCUGACCAGUCUUCUCCAUCUGGAUCUGGAUCUGGAUCCGGCUCCGGCUCCGGUUCGCAGUCUACCUCUCGACAAAUCCCACGUGUUUCAUGGGGAGGCGAGAAGGGACGUGAGCCUUAA